GAACGCUAAACGUGGGUAUCGGACAAGUAAACAAUAUUACAAUCAUUGUCGGAUCAUAUUUGCUUAUUACACAUAUAUUAUUAUUCAAAUUUUACAUAAUGUAAAACAGUUGACUAAAAUAUGAAUUUAACAUUCAUAUUUUGGCACUAUAAUCUCUAGAAAUCUUAGAUCAAUUUAUGGCAUUCAUUGAAUUUGUUUCCUAACCUCCAGUCAGUCUUGUGUACAGGAGAAAUGAUUAAUACUCGAUUAUGAUAGCGGUCGUGUCGAUUAGAAACUUUCACCACUAUCACUAAACCACAAGGACGUUCGAAUGAAUUCGAUAGAAUUUGGUCCUCAUAAUACUGUCCGAGUACGAAAUACGUAAGCUUAGACCACUCUCGAUCUUAUGGUCAAUAAAACAGUCACCUUAUUCUCAUAUUUUGUCUUGUAAAAAUCCACUGUUUUGUUUUAUGGAAACAGUACGCGAAUUAAAGAUAAAAAAUCAACUAUGGCAAAUAUUCUAUAAAACAAUUAAUGAUAACACAUUUAUGUGCAAUUUAAACGUCUGGAUAUUACAAUAUUACUGCAAUGCACAACAAGCAUUUCAGGAAUGUUCCUACGGGCAUAAUACAUCGAUUAUUUAUUCUACACCUAAUGAGAAGCAAUCAGUCCACGUCCACUUUACGACAAUAGCGGUUCGCCAAGCAUUAUAACCAUUCAUCAACAUUUGGGGAGCUGAAAUAUGUCAAUCAAACGAAAUCAGUUCGUUUGAUGUUGAGCUACCGCACGGUUUGUCCUGCAAUACAGUAAGCAAACGCGUUUGCUGUUUCCCUUGACGUAAAAGAAUGUUUACUAAAGGCUUUACUAUUGCGCUACUGUUGGUACACAUGUGGUUAGGAUCCUUAGGAAGUUUGGACUGCAUAGUUGAAGAAAUGCCCAUGAGUCCAUUGGUGGAACAAACGAUGCGUUCGCUGAUGUUGCGCUACUUUCGAAGUGUUCGUGUGCUACUUCUUGGCAGCUAUCGUAAGCUUGGUGAACCAUCGAUCGAAUGUAAGGAUGAAAGAAUGAGCUGAAAUUAUUAUUCUUGGAGUUGGAAUUGUUUUGCUGCAUCUGUUUUAGUUAUUACUUCCAGUGUUCUCAUCACUCCGAUUACCGUUGCUAAUGUUUACUCACGAACUGCAGGAUGUACAAUCUUUGGAAUGUAUGCAAACGAUAGUGGAAAAUGAAACCGAAUGCAGCAACAAUCGGAUCGGAACUGCUACACUUAGCACAAACGAUAAUGUGUUCAUCCUUCCGGAACAUGCCGAAGUUGGAGUUGUACUGCUGUUUAGUACAGUGUGUCACUUUACACGUUACUGCCAAGAUCUCCAUCCACUGCACGAACGCGAGCGCUAUGUCCAUGGGAAUUAUCUGAUCUUUAUACAGCAGCCAAUUUAUUCCCUCGAGAACCUCCGCACAACUGUUUACUGACUGUGGCGCUAUAAUUCUAUACUGAAUCUAGUGAUAUCUAUUGGACCAUUAUUGGAGGAACCUACAAAUGGCAUCGUAAGCUUUCUGCAACACAUAUUGUUGAAAACUCGUUCAAAACUAAGAAAUAUGCUUUAUUUCUGCCCUUUUAGAAGUUGUAUUUCUUUAACCCCUUCCAUGCAGAGCAGAAUGAGCAGCUUUUACCAUUUUACAUUCGGGAGGAUUUUGUGAUGCGUCCCACUGCUAGCUUCAAACUAAACCUUUUCAAAGGCAUUCCAAUACGCAGUACUGUGUUUCCACGAAAUCCAACCCUCCUGCCAUGGGAUAGCCUUCCGGAAUCUUUUCGCAGUGUCCACUAUGUGCAGCAGUCUGUUCAAGCUUCGAACGGAUCUGGUGGGCUCGACGGUAUGCUGCUGGGUAACUUGGCAGUGGCAAUGAAUUUCACUGCCGAAACAAUGGAUGCAUCCGAUGGAUUGGAAUACGGAUAUCGGCUGAAGAACGAGAGCUAUGUAGGAUCCCUCGGUGAUCUGCUAGAGUACCGGACGGACGUUUCAUUUAACAUUCGCUUCAUGAAGUACUACGAUACGCAUGCAAUCGAGUUCCUGCAUCCGAUAUAUUCGGAUCAGCUGUGCAUCCUGUCCCCAAAAUCGUUGGAGAUACCUCAGUGGUUGGCCAUAUUUCUCUGUUUUCAUCCCUAUGUAUGGGCGUCAUUUGUAAUGAUUGGAUUCGGCGGAGGCUACUGUUGGUAUGUAUUGCGCCGCUGGGGACUGCGCAAGGUGCGACGCUAUAGGCAACGUUUGCGGAAAGGUGAUCGUGCACAAUGCUCUGUACUGUCGAUCGAGAUGUGGCUGGUACUGUUGGGUGCUAGUUCUACCCAUUUGCCAGUUCGAAUGAUCGAACGGUUACUUCUAACAGUGUUUCUCAUUGCCAACGUUAUUAUCUCUGGAACUUUUCAGGGGACUCUAACCACAGCAUUCAGCACCAAAUCUUACUACAAGGAUCUCAACACCUUGGCUGCACUUGAUCAGUCGGGUCUGCCGAUCGCUACGUCCUCCCGUUCACUGCUGGACAUAUUCGGGAAUGCUUCACUUAGCCCGUUGUAUGAGUCACUCAAAGGUAAGCUUGAAAUACUGAACGAAUCCGCUCGUCACCGGGCAGCGUAUCAACGGGAUGUGUGCUCGAUCGAACGUCACUCGGACGUGCAUCUGAUCAUCAACACGGAAUACAAACGACCAAACGGACAACCGAUGCUGCAUGUCGUUGACGAGUGUCCUCGCGUUUAUUCGUUGGCCUACAUCGUCCGCAAAGGUUGGCCAUUUGCACCACUCUUUAAUGCCGCCAUCUACCGCUUCGUCGAGGCGGGUCUGUGCAUGAAAUGGUACUACGAUACUGAAGAUGCACUGAUCAUGCAGAAACGUAUUCAACAGAUGAUCGAACAUCGCGAGGAGCCAGCACUUCGAAAGCUUACCGUCGUUGAUAUGCAAACAUCAUUCUACAUUAUGGCAAUGGGAGUAUCUAUCAGUUUGAUAGUUUUCCUGGUUGAAACGUUUGUCGGACGUGGAGAAUAAAUGUCGGAGGAGAUAAAUGCGUAUACUAUUUUAGUUAGUUGCACACACUAUGUUAGCAGCACUGUGGAAAAAGAUUUUCACUUUGGUUGGCCCUUGAUACUUUUGGCUUACAUCCGGGUUUUUUUGUAAAACGGAAUAAAUCCGAACUGAAAAUAAUCCAGUCCAUGUGAAUGAAUUUCCUUAUGUGCCGUGUGUUGACGCUAGUGUUAGUGAUAAUUGAAUGAAAUUUUGAAUUCUUUGCUGAUGACGUUUGAAUGCGGGACUAAUUUUCUAGCACUGUAUCCGGCAAGUUGGAAGGGGUUCCUUGACAUAUUUAUACCACAUGCAUUUAUCCGGGCGUCUAUCGAUUGAUCGUCGUGCAAAAAAGGUUUCCUCGGUUGCGUCGAAAGUGAAGCAGAAAUGAUUGCAAAAACGAGAAGAAAAAAACAGGAAGCGAUCAAUGAAGUGAAUGGAUCAUGUAAAUUAAAUUAUAUACUCACUUUCAUUCGACGAAUUCUUAGAUAGAAUGUAGCAAGGAACACUGCAUACCAACACAUCAAUUAAGGAGAAGUGCGUCAAUCGUAUCGACAUCCGGUUAAAGGGAUGUCUUUUCAAGCCUUAUCCUGAGGUAAGCAUCUUCGGUUGAUAUUUUAACCAUUUAUCAACUAACACAGCACCUUCCCCAGUAAGAAGGGAAAUAAGUGCUUACGAUCAUCUUUUCUUUACAACCUUCCGAAACUUUACAGUCAAAUCGUUCGGCCACGGUACCGUUGCCGAACGCGUCUGUCUGUUUCCUUAUGUCCUUCGGUGUGGUAAAAGGAAAGGAAGAGAAAAAAAAGGUAUCCAGCCACCAUGUCACGAUGUUGUCCAUGGUGCCAAAACACUGCUGACAAAAUGAUGAGACUCCCGGUUUCUGAUUACCCUGAUUGAUGGUACAUCACGUGGUGUAAACGUGCGAAACGUGGACGUGACGCGUGGCGUGGAAAACGGUGCGAUAAGUACCACACGAACGGGAAGUUGUGAAUAACCUUUCUUUCGACAUUCGGCAAGUUCCCCUCUUCAGGUACCUAAACUUUUCUUUACCUUUUAAUCAUCCUUUAAAGUAAAAACCCAACGGUAGGGAAACAUCGGGAGAAAAAAAUAUGCCUUGUGUCGAAUUACUUUGUGCAGAAAAGUUAGCAGAAGUAAGCGGAAUUGUUGAAAAUAUUCUGCAUUACACAGUUUUUUGCAUUUUUGUUUGAGGUCAAGGAACAUAAACCCUUUAUUGAUUAUCCUACCAAGUGGAAGGUUCGUAAAAUUUUGACCACUUGGAUAAAUGAUGUUUUUAUAAUAUCCUUCUUGAUAGACAAUAGUAACGACGUGUAGCUAAUUACAUUUCAUUACAAGGGAAGUUGUUAAGGAACCUUCUUACAUCUAAUGGAUAAAUCUGUUAGUCUGCUAAUCAAUC